AAUAAUUCAGAGCGGCGGCGGCGGCACCAGCGGCGGGUGCGGGAAGCAGGCGGCGGAAGCAGCGGGGACCGAGCCACAGCGGAUAUGCAUCCAAGUGCGGCUGGGCAGCCGCGGCACCCCUGAGGCCCGGGCGGGGCUCGGGGUGCAGCGCUCGGGGGGCGGCGCUCGGGGGGCUCACUUGCACCGGGAGUGCAAGGCGGAGCAGGAGUGACCGGAGCGGCGUCGGCGGAGCUGCGCACGGAGCUGAGGCGGGGGCUUAGGAAAGGGGCUGGGGCGGGGGGGGGCGGCUGGCGCAGGCAGCCCCGGGGUGGGGGGCGGGGUGGGCGCCGGUGCCGCGAUGCUGGGCAUCGUGGAGCUGCUGCUGCUGGGGGCGGCGUGGCUGGCCGGCCCGGCCCGCGGGCAGAAUGAGACGGAGCCCAUCGUGCUGGAGGGCAAGUGCCUGGUGGUGUGCGACUCCAACCCCACGUCCGAUCCCACGGGCACCGCUCUGGGCAUCUCCGUGCGCUCUGGCAGCGCCAAGGUGGCUUUCUCGGCCAUCAGGAGCACCAACCACGAGCCGUCCGAGAUGAGCAACCGCACCAUGAUCAUCUACUUCGACCAGGUGCUCGUGAACAUCGGGAACAACUUUGAUUCAGAACGCAGCACUUUCAUCGCCCCGCGCAAAGGGAUCUACAGUUUUAACUUCCACGUGGUAAAAGUCUACAACAGACAGACCAUCCAGGUGAGCCUCAUGUUGAAUGGCUGGCCGGUGAUUUCAGCCUUCGCUGGCGACCAGGAUGUGACCCGGGAGGCUGCCAGCAAUGGAGUCCUAAUCCAGAUGGAGAAAGGCGACAGAGCAUACCUCAAGCUGGAGCGGGGGAACUUGAUGGGGGGCUGGAAGUACUCGACAUUCUCGGGAUUCCUGGUGUUUCCGCUCUGACCCGCUCGCCUGUGGAAUGGAGGCAGGGAGAGGCAAAGGCAGGAGGCAGGCAGGAGGGGGAAUGAGAAAAAGCUGAAAUCUAGAGGACGAGAAAGUGGCAGGACUUGAAACUUCCUACAUGUUGCCCAGCUGUAUCCGGGUAAAAGGUGGGCCCAGCUGUGGGACAACUCAGUCCCGAUUCCUCCUUAGACGACUUAAUUCUGCUUAGCUCUGCGCACUCCCAUUUCCAAAAAUAAACUUGCCUCCCCCAUGGCAGUUGCUGUAAUCAAGAGAGAGAGAGAGAGAGAGACUGCCUUGUCAUUGUUUCUCACCCCCAUGUUCAU